UCAUCUAAUAAGUGGAAAAAUGCUUCGAAUAGUGCAGUGAUAGAUGUGUAUUCUUCUCUUUUGUAGAAAAGAAAAACAAAAUGGAAUUAUUCAGGUACAAACUUCAAUCAUUGGGGCAUACAAAUCCAGUUGAGGUCGUUUAUAAACAAUUGAAGAGAAAACUUGCUACAGAGUAUGACACCUAUCAAUUCAUCCAGAGAAGUAAGAUCCCCACAAUGCAUUUCCAACAAUCAUUACCUCGCUUACCAAUUCCAAAGCUAGACUGGACUUGUGAUAGAUAUCUAGCUGCCCAGCGACCCCUGUUAAUCGAUGAAGCAUAUCGUAAAACAGAAAGCAAUGUUAACUACUUCAAAAAUACAUCAGGAAAAUUUUUGCAAGAUAUGCUCGUGAACUAUGAUAAAGUAAAUAAACACACAAGUUAUAUAUCGGAAUUUUGGUUUGACAGUUAUUUGAGGGAUCGGAAACCUAUUCCGAUAAAUUAUAAUCCAGUUUUAGUGAUGCAUAGGGAUGAAAGGCAAGAGUAUAACAACCAACUUUUGAGAGCUACAAAUUUAAUAGUAAGUUCUGUUAGAUUCUACAGAUCCCUAGAAUCAGGAAUUUUGGAACCUGAAGUCUAUCAUCUCAAUGCAAAGAAAAGCAACACAAAAAAAUUUGAAAACAUUUGUAGUGUCUUACCUCAAAAUAUUUCUUGGUAUGGUGCUUACUUGUUGCAAGCUUAUCCUUUGGACAUGAGCCAGUAUUCUAGCCUUUUUAAUUCGACAAGAGUACCAGAGAUUGAUAAAGACAGACUCACCAAUGAUCCUGCCGGUAAGCACAUAACUGUCCAAUAUAAGGGCCACAUUUAUGCAUUCAGAGUAUUGACGGAUACAAAUAACAUUUUACCUGCUGAACAAAUUCUUGCAAGACUUAAGUUAAUUUUACAGGAUGACAUUCCAAAAUGCGAGUUUCCUAUAGGAAUUUUGACAACAUUAGAACGAAAUAAGUGGGCCAGCGUACGUCAUGAACUAGCAGAAAACGGCAAUGACCAAAAUUUAAAAUUUAUAGACUCCGCCCUUUUUAAUGUUUGUCUUGAUUCAAAUGUUUUGGGAGAUGAUCCAUAUGGAAUUAUGAGGAACUUCUUGCAUGGUGACGGCGAGAACAG